AUGGCGCAUGACGAAUUGAUUGCACGCGCAGAGCGCAUCGCCAGUCUGGAAGGCGAACUCGAGUACGAGCAGGCGCACAUGCGGCGGCAGCUGGCGGAAUGCAACGAACGUGUGAGUGAGAUGCAGGCGCUUCUUGCCGCAGCCGAGAAGCGAGCGUCGGCGUCGGCGCGAUUGCGCGACGAGCGACUCGGCGAACUGGCUGCUGUGUUGUCCGAGGCGGAGAACGCAAGCAGUGAUCGGGUGGCAGGCGCAAGCUCUGCCUUGGCACGUGCCAUUGCGCGGGCCCGCGCGCUGGUGGCCGAGGUGUCGAGCACCCGCGACGCGCGUGACGAGGCGAGGCGGCAGCUUGUGGAGCAGGAAGCGCGGACGGCAGAAGCUGAGUCGCGGCUGGAGGCGAUGAGCACUCGGCUGCGUACAGUCGAGUCGGAACUGGCAACUGUGCUUGAAUCUCAAGGUGAGCUGGUCGCGAUGCAAGUCGAGCUUGAGGAGACUCGUGACCAAGCCGUGGCCGAGCUCAACGAGACCCGCGAGCGCGAAAAGGUCGUCGCUGUCGCCGCGGACGAACACGUGGCAGCGCUCCAGGCCCAGCUCAACUCGUCGACGGGCUUUGCACUUGCGCUUGAGGCGGAGAUCGAGUCGCUGCAUCAUGAGCUGGCCAAGACCGAGUCGACGCAGCGAGCAGCCGAUGAGCUGCGACAGCUGAAUGAGGCAAGAUCGGCCGAGGUUGCGGCGCGACUGGAAGAGGCCCACCGUGAGCGCGCAUCGAGUGAGAGCGCAUGGCGUGCUGAGCGCGAGAGGCUGGCCCGCCAAGUUGAAGCGGCCGAGGCUGCAGCCGCUACUACAGCGGCUGAGCUGGCCAAAGAGCACGGCGAGCAUGCACGCACCAAGACUGCUCUGGCGAUCGAGAUCCAGCGUGGCAAGGACGAGCGUGGACGGGCGAGUGCGGAGCAAGUGGCCAUCCUGCACAGCGAGAUUGCAAUGCUCCGUGGGCGGAACCGUGCGCUGGAGGCCGAGAUUGCAUCAAGCCAGGCGCGUGCGGCAGCACUGGAGAGCGAUCUGACGUCAUUGCGGAGUCAGGCGGCGGGUCUUGCGGUGGACCUUGACUCGUCGGCGUUGGCAGCCAGUGAGCACAACGAGACACUGGCGCUGGGACUUGAUGCGAGCGAGCACCGCAUCGCUGUACUGGAGGCCGAACUUACUGCGGCGCGUGGGCGGAUCGCGGUACUUGAAGGUGGGCUCCCGAUGUUUCCAGGAGCCCCUGAGCUGGGUGGUGACCCGCUGGAGCUACACGAGCUAAGCAUUGAGACUCUGACACUCGAGGACAGGGUUACGGAGCUUGAGCAUGCGUUGGCCGAGAGCCGCGAGGUCGCAGCGCGCGCACAGGCGAGAGUCGACUCGCUGGAGAGCGCGAGGAUGGGCAUGGCUGCGGAUCUUGCUGCGGCCGCGCAUGCCGAUGUGAAGCGGAUGGAUGCAUUGGCCCGUGUCGAGCGGAUGAAGGGUGAGCUUGAGGAAGUCCAGGCCCGUGUCGAGCAGGCCGAGAGCCAGCUCGAUCAGGCCCGAACCCGCGCCGAACAGGCCGAGAGUCAGCUCGAUCAGGCCCGCGCCCGCGCCGAGCAGGCCGAGAGUCAGCUCGUUCAGACCCGAACCCGCGCCGAACAGGCCGAGAGUCAGCUCGAUCAGGCCCGCGCCCGCGCCGAACAGGCCGAGAGUCAGCUCGAUCAGGCCCGAGUCCGUGUCGAGCGGAUGGAUGGCGAGCUCGAUCAGGUCCGAACCCGCGCCGAACAGGCCGAGAGUCAGCUCGAUCAGACCCGAACCCGCGCCGAGCAGGCCGAGAGUCAGCUCGAUCAGGCCCGAGUCCGUGUCGAACAGGCCGAGAGUCAGCUCGAUCAGACCAAGGCCCGCGCCGAACAGGCCGAGAGUCAGCUCGAUCAGACCCGAAUCCGCGCCGAGCAGGCCGAGAGUCAGCUCGAUCAGACCAAGGCCCGCGCCGAACAGGCCGAGAGUCAGCUCGAUCAGACCCGAACCCGCGCCGAGCAGGCCGAGAGUCAGCUCGAUCAGGUCCGAGUCCGUGUCGAGCGGAUGGAUGGCGAGCUCGAUCAGACCCGAACCCGCGCCGAGCAGGCCGAGAGUCAGCUCGAUCAGACCCGAACCCGCGCCGAGCAGGCCGAGAGUCAGCUCGAUCAGGUCCGAGUCCGUGUCGAGCGGAUGGAUGGCGAGCUCGAUCAGGUCCGAACCCGCGCCGAACAGGCCGAGAAUCAGCUCGAUCAGGCCCGAGUCCGUGUCGAGCGGAUGGAUGGCGAGCUCGAUCAGGCCCGAACCCGCGCCGAACAGGCCGAGAGUCAGCUCGAUCAGGCCAAGGCCCGCGCCGCGCAGGCCGAGGGUCAGCUCGAUCAGACCAAGGCCCGCGCCAGAGAGGCCGAGAACAAGCUGCAGCAGGCCAACAUCAGGCUGCAGCAGGCCAACCACAAGCUGAAGCAGACCGCUACUGGCACCGAGUCCAAGAACCACGCGGAGCAAGCGGAGGCUUUACUUUGCUCUGCAAAGGCACAAGCCCACCAGGCCGAGACUGAGCUGGCAGCCACCGCAGAACGGGCUCGCGAGACUAGGGCCGCUCUGGAGACUGAGCAGGCGCGGGUGCGCGUUCUGACUGAGGACCUGGAAGCCUCCCGCGCAGCUUGCAGCUCGCUCCGCAAUCGGCUUGAGCGCACAGAGGACGAACUCGAGGCUGCGAUCAAAGCCCGAGAGGAUGCAAUAGCUCGAUUCCACACCGGCAUGGCCGACGCCCGCCGUGAGGCCGACCUUGCUCGGGCUGAUGCUGACGCUGCAACCAGCAAGGCGGCCCACACCGUGCGCCAACUCGAGUCGGAAACAGACGCCCGCGUCUACGCGCUUGAACAAGAGCUACGCACUGCACGCGCGACGGCUGACCGCGAGGCUGCCGCCGCGCGUGAGGCUCGUGCUGACCUCCGCGCUGCCCAGUCGCGUCUCGACGCCAAGCUGGUCGAGGCCGAGCGCCACGUCGACGCUCGUAUCACCGCAGCCGUGCACGCCGAGACGCUCCGCCUAGAGCGCGAACUUGGAACGCUUCAGAGCGAGCUGGAGCUUGCACGUCGUGCAGCCGCCGACGCCGUCGCCAGCCACGACGCCGAGCUCGCUAGUCUGCGCGACUCGGCCGCGCGUGAAGCUGCAGCCGCAAAGUCGGCCUCGGCUGCCGCCACCCAAGCAGCGCGCGAACGCGACGUCGCAAAGUCACGCGUCACUGGCCUUGUCCAAGCCACUGAGCAGCUGCAGUCAACCAAUGCCGAGCUUCGGGCUUCGAUGAAGCGGAUCAUUGAGUGGUGUCACUCGCGCAUCUCGAUGGCUCACUUUCCGUUCCCACCACACCUUGCGGUCUCCUCGACCUCGUCGUCGCUCUCGUUUUCCAUGGCUCACGGGUCACCACCACCGCCAAUGGUGAUGACACCAUCGACACCAGUCUCCUCGUCGGUGCACCGGUCGUCGCCUGCCAUGACGCCAACAACUCCAACAGCCGCACCAGCGCGGCCUCCGCCGUCGACGCCGCCACGUGGCGACACCUCGCUGGAGCGAUUGUUCAACUCGCUCUCGCCCAUGCUCUCUCCUCCAACCACCCACCGCACCCAAUCGCGGCCGCGGCCGCAGUCGCCGUUGUCAUCGGCGUCUGCGUCUGCCUCUGCCGCCGGUCUAGAGGCCGGCUGGUCCGAUGUGCUUGCGGAUGUCCUCUAUCCACUGCACGCCGCUGUCGACGGCGCCGACUUUCUCAUUGCUGAGCUCGAGCGCGCGUACUUGGAGCGGAUGCGGGUCUCGGCCGCCUUCGUUCGUUCUCAGGAGCGGGUUCGGCUGCUUUCAGAGCAGCUAAUCCAAGUCCUGGAUGCGCUCGAAGUCGAGCGCACGCGUGCUGCCGCUGCUGCCCACUCGCGCUCAGAGCACACCGUUGCUCUGGUCAACAACGCGCUCGCCGCCACCGUCGAGUACGGCGGCCUGUCCGGCGCCCUCCACGUUCUCGACGUUAUCGAGGACCAGGCGCUCACCGCCGAUGCACCCAUCGACAUUGACGACCUCGAGUCGUCGCUGGCGGUUCUCACUGCCGAGGUUGAGGAGCUGGCUCAUCGUGUCGGCGACACCGCCGUCACACCCGAGCUUCCGGCGUUGCUCUCGGACUCGUACGCCCGGGUGCUCGAGCUGUUGGCGAGCGCUUCUCGAGCCGACGACGAUGUCGCGUCCUCGACAGGCGACCCUUCGCCGCUCGAGCUCGCCAUGGCUGCCAUUUCCUCCUGGGUCCGUGCCGCUGCCCGCGGCGAGCCCGCACCAUCGCCACUGGAAGACCCUGAGGUCCGUCUGGCCCUCCAAGUUGCUGUCUGUCGUCGACGCGCCUCGGUCGACAUCCUCGUCGACACCGACGGCUUCGACUCGCUUCGGCCCCCGUCCAACAAGAAGCAGCGACGGAAGAUGCGCAACUCGUCAAACUCCAAUGUCUCGCGCGACUUUGACUCAUCCAUGUCCGAGUUCUCUUCGGGCUUCCCGCUGACUGCUGCCGGCGAUUCGGUCGGCUCCAUAGCUGGCGGCAGCUCCAUGCCGGCCGUCACUGGCGAGCCUGUGCAGGACAAGGUUCAGGAGACCGGGGGCGGAGCCUUCACCCGAGUGGCCAUGUGCCACAGCUGCGGAGCCUCGCUCGCUGUCGCCAUGUCCACUCCGCUUAUUCAGUGCGCCUCGUGCUCUGCGCUGCUCGACGUCGGCCCACCGGCAACCAUCGACGAUCCGGACUGGGUUCCGUUGGCUCCUGAGGACAUCGCCCACUUUGCCGCUCUCGCAGAGGACAAUCCCGUUGCAAACACCGUGGACGAGACCAUCAACACCUCACUGAUGGACCUCUCUGGUGCUGACGGCGCAUCGGUUGCUGGUGACGACUCGGUGGACGAGGCUCAGCGGAGAGUCCGCUUCGGCGACGUCACAUCACACGACAUUGGCGUCCAUGUGGGCCUCUCCGAGUCACAAGCUCGCUCGGCCCUCCGCCGCUACAUCAAAAGCACCAAGAUGCGCCGCCGCAACUUUGCCGACUCGGUCUUUAUCGAGUCGAUUGAGCGCCUUGGUGCUUUUGCCGUCUUUCUCGAGUCGUUUCUCGAGUUCCGCAAGCUUGUUCCGACCGAGCGCCCCGCCGACGCCUCUGCACUCGCCGUCGAAGUCCCGGCCUCGGGCACGCCGUGGUCGCUCGACGUCAUGCCGCCGCCAUCGUUCCAGGCCUUCCACGAGCUGCGCGUCCCAGUUGACCUCGCCGGUGACCGCCCGGCCAUGCGUUGCUCACGAUGCGAAGGCAGCGGCUCGGUGCCAUGCGGAUGGUGCGAUGGAGAGGGUAUCGACUACGAGCACCACAACGCCUGCCAACAGUGCGGCCAGCACGGCGCCGUUGUCUGCACCCAGUGUGAGGGCACGGGGCGAACUAAGCAGGCCGCCGACUUGCUCGCUAUGUGGCAGACACCGCGCUUUGAGCGUGCUUUUGUGCCAGGCACAGACUCCAAUCUCGCUCGCAAGUUGCCCAUCGACCAGCUGGUCGUUCUUUCCUCAUUCUCGCCGGCGCUGUACGAACUGCGCCAGCCGCACAAGCUGACCAUGGACGACGUCGCCACUUCGCUCCCCGAGGCCAUGCGCAACGUCAUAGAAGAGGUCCUUGGCGCCACUCCGCUCAUUGUGCCGGACAACGCCCGGCUCGUGGCCCAGCGGAUUACCGUCCGCUCCAUGCCCAUCUAUCGUGUCCACUACCACCCCGACUCUGAGUUUUAUGUCUUUGGCGGCGGUCGCGGCUCGUCGUCGCUCUCGGCGACCAAGGGCCAGACCGGCAGUGCCGUCUCGGCGCCGGGUGUCGCUGCUGACCCACGCCUCCGCCGCACCACUCGCGGCCGCGAGUGGUAUGGUGUGGUGGCCACAGGUAUUCCUAUCGACAGCGCUCGCGCCAUCAUGUCGUUUAUCUGUAUCGGCCUCUUGUUGGCGCUCAUCGCCUUCUCGUUCCUUCUCAGCUAG